CAAUGGUAAUACUUUUUUUUUUAAUUUUUAGCGCUAUCCCUACCCACCAUUUUACAGCGAUCCACUCCUACUUGGCCUAGAGAAUUUGCUUCCAUUAAUCAUCGUAGUGGCGUUUUUCUACACAUGUAUCAACACUGUUAAAUAUAUUGCUGUAGAGAAGGAACGGCAGUUAAAAGAGGCAAUGAAAAUUAUGGGACUUCCAAGUUCGCUACACUGGACUGCUUGGUACGUGAAGUCAAUGAUCCUACUAUUGGUUUCUAUCAGCUUGAUUACUGUUUUACUAUGCGUCAGCAUAACCAGUAACACAGAUUUGGCAGUGUUUACGUAUGCUGAAUGGUCCGUGGUUUGGGUGUACCUGUUCGUCUACAGUACAACUACGAUAAUGUUUUGUUUUAUGAUGAGUACAUUCUUCUCAAAAGCAAACACCGCUGCUGGAAUCGGUGGCCUUAUGUGGUUUAUAUUUGUAAUGCCAUACAAUAUAGCAUUCUCGAACUAUGACACUAUGUCGCUGGCAGCGAAGUUAGCUUUGUGUCUGUUUCAUAACUCAGGAAUGUCCUUCGGAUUCAUGUUGAUGAUGCGUCACGAAGGAACUACAAUCGGUAUACAAUGGUACAAUCUUUUCAGUCCGGUCACGGUUGAUGACAAUCUUAGUGUGGGAGCUACCAUGAUGAUGUUGUUAGUCGAUUCUGUGAUCUAUCUUCUGAUAGCACUGUACGUUGAAAAAGUACUGCCAGGAGAAUUUGGGAUAGCUCAACCAUGGUACUUUCCAUUUACUGCCAAGUUCUGGAUAAACAAAGUUGACACUAUCCCAGAUGAUGUGAACGGUAUUGUGGAGAAAUCGGAUACAAAAGAACCUGAUCCAACGGGGAAACAUGCAGGUAUCAAAAUCAAAGGACUUCGAAAGGUCUUCGAUAAAAAAAAAGUUGCCGUCAAUGGACUUCAUUUGAAUAUGUACGACGAUCAGAUUACGGUAUUACUUGGGCAUAAUGGAGCAGGAAAAACGACAACGAUGUCUAUGCUUACAGGAGUGUUCUCACCUACUUCAGGAACUGCUUUGAUAAACGACUGUGACAUUCGUACCAAUAUCGAUGGCGCUCGUCAAUCGCUGGGACUCUGUCCUCAGCAUAACGUACUGUUCAAUGAAAUGACUGUUGCCGAGCACAUCGAAUUCUUUGCAAGAUUGAAAGGUGUUAAAAGAAAGGAUAUUGCCAACGAAAUUGCCCAUUACGUUAAGAUCUUGGAGUUGGAAGAUAAAAUCCACUCACAAUCGCAUACGUUGUCCGGUGGUAUGAAGAGAAAACUGGCAGUUGGGGUAGCGUUGUGUGGGGGUUCAAAAGUUGUGCUGUGUGAUGAACCUACUUCUGGUAUGGAUCCAGCUGCUAGGCGUGCAUUGUGGGAUUUGUUGAUAAUGGAAAAGAAGGGACGUACUAUCUUGCUAUCAACGCAUUUCAUGGACGAAGCGGAUAUCCUUGGAGAUAGGAUUGCCAUUAUGGCUGAUGGUGAACUGAAAGCGGUUGGAUCGUCAUUUUUCCUCAAAAAGAAGUUUGGCGUUGGAUAUCGUUUGAUUUGUGUCAAAGGGGACAACUGUACGCCUCAGAAUGUGACUGAUUUAAUACAGCGAUACAUUCCGGGAUGUCAAAUUGAUACGGACAUAGGAACGGAACUUUCUUAUGUUUUGGAGGAAAGUUACACGAACGUAUAUCAAUCAUUGCUGGAAGAACUGGAACAGAAUUCAGAACGAUUGUACAUAGACAGUUAUGGAAUUUCGCUAACAACUUUGGAAGAAGUUUUUCUGAAAGUAGGAAGCGAUUCAUUUUCUCCGGAGAAUUUAGAAUCCGAAAACAAUGAACUUAUUUACGAAAAUGCCAAUGCCGGUUCUAAUGUUACAAUUAAUUUGGAUGAAAGUGAAAAACUUUUGACUGGCGCAUCUUUGACAAUGAAUCAAAUUCAUGCUAUGUUUUUGAAGAAAUUUAUCGCUACAUAUAGAAGUUGGAUAUCAAUGUUGGUCCAAAUAUUCAUUCCCAUAUUUUUCGUUAUCAUGACAAUCAUUAUUGUUCGAUCAUUCCCGGAUAGCAUUCAGUUGCCGACAUUGAAAAUGACACUCAAUGACUACAGGAGGACCACAACAGUUCUUGAGGCAGCGACUGACGACUUGGAUGUAGUACACUCCUACCAGAAAUUGUUUCAAGAUUUUGGAAAGGAUACCAAGCUUUUGACAAUCACGGAGUCGAUGGUUGACUACAUAUUGAAAAGGACUAUUGAGAACACCCCACUCGUAACGAACGAAUUCCUCAUUGGAGCAACUAUCGGCUCCGAUAACGUCACUGUAUGGUUCAACACCCAAGGUUUCCACACGGCUCCGCUGACCAUCAAUAUGUUCUACAAUGCACUUCUUCGGACAACAUGUCCUCGUUGUUCGAUUGAAAUUUCCAACAAACCGUUGUCUUUCAGACCAGAAACACGCUUUACUCAACUACAAGCCGGCAACAAUAUGGGAUUUCAGUUGGCGUUCAAUACAGGAUUCGCCAUGGCCUUCGUUGCAGCCCUGUACGUUUUAUUCUACAUCAGAGAACGUGUGACUCGGGCAAAAUUGUUGCAGUUCGUCAGUGGAGUAAACGUGUUUGCCUUUUGGAUGGUAUCUUUCUUGUGGGAUUACAUGACGUAUGUUGUAACAAUUCUAUUUUACAUCGGUACGCUGGCCGCUUUUCAAGAGGAUGGUUGGUCAACUGGAGAAGAACUUGGACGAGUGUUUCUAGUUUUGAUGGUCUUUGGAUUCGGUUUUCUUCCACUGACAUAUCUACUAUCGUUCCGGUUUGAUGUUCCGGCUGGUGGAUUCGUUAAGCUAAUGCUACUCAACAUUUUUACGGGAAUAAUAUUUUUCAUGGCGGUGUUUUUAAUGCUAUUCGACGGAUUCGACUUGAUAGACGUCGCACGUGGGCUAGAAUGGGGUUUCAUGAUUUUCCCAUUGUUUGCAUUGAGUCACGCAUUGAGUAAUAUGAACAUUGCAUCGACCACCUUAAGAAUAUGCGAAGCACAGUGCAGUAUUAUCCCCGGAUGCACAGAGAAAAUCAUCUGUGAGCAGUUUCCAAAUUGUUGCGGUGUGGAAAUAUUUUCAUUCGAACCUAAUGGAAUCAAUCGGAAUUUGCUUUUCAUGACCGGACUUGGACUCGUAUGUUUCGCUAUACUCAUGAUCAUAGAGUAUCGAGUGUUGAACAAAGUAUUUGAUAACCUCACUUCUAUGAAAAAAACACCAGCACUAAGCUCAAACAAUAUGGACGCAGACGUGCUCGCCGAAAAAGAACGGGUUAGCAAUAUGACCAUGAACGAGAUAAGUGCAACCAAUUUGGUACUUCGGGAUGUUACUAAAUACUAUAAAAAAUUCCCUGCUGUUAAUCAGCUCUCCGUAUCGGUAGAACAUUCACAAUGCUUUGGUUUGCUAGGAGUUAAUGGUGCAGGUAAAACAUCAACAUUCAAAAUGAUGACUGGCGAUGAGAAUAUUUCCGCUGGAGAUGCAUGGGUUAGUGGUAUCAACUUGAAGACUGACAUGACCAAGGUUCAUCAACAAAUUGGCUACUGCCCCCAAUUCGAUGCAUUGAUCGACGAUCUGACUGGUAGAGAAACAAUGAAGAUAUUUGCACUGCUAAGAGGUGUACCAAGGGAUGAAAUAUCUGCAGUAUCCAUGAAAUUAGCCGAAGAGCUAAAUUUCAAGAAACACAUCGACAAACGAACGAAGCAAUACAGCGGUGGCAACAAGAGGAAACUUAGCACUGCUUUGGCCUUGUUGGGCAGACCAACAGUAGUUUAUCUGGACGAGCCAACUACAGGAAUGGAUCCUGGUGCUAAGCGCCAAUUAUGGGACGUGAUUUGCAAAGAACGAAGUGCAGGAAAAUCUAUAGUCUUGACUUCACAUAGCAUGGAAGAAUGUGAAGCUUUAUGUACAAAACUAGCCAUCAUGGUAAACGGAGAGUUCAAAUGCAUUGGGGCAACGCAACACUUGAAGAAUAAGUUCUCUAGCGGUUAUUACCUGACCAUCAAAUUGAAGAAGAAAGUCACGGAUGCUGGAGACGGGAAAGUAUCUGAAAUCAAAGCCUACAUAAAUGACAAAUUUCCGGAUGCGGAGCUGAAGGAAGAAUAUCUCGAAUCAAUCACCUAUCAAAUUCCGAAAACGAGUGUUCGCUGGUCGACAAUGUUCGGAAUAAUGGAAACGGCCAAGCGGAUACUGGAAAUAGAGGAUUACGUACUGGGGCAAACUACGCUAGAGCAGGUAUUCCUGGCGUUUACCAAAUACCAGCGACAGCUCGACGACUGACACCCGGUAAACAAAGUAGAGUCAAAUGGGUA